UCUUUCCUUGCGGGACUGUCAUGUUUUGACUCUUCUCUUGUACCUGUCAGGUGUCUAAGCACACACGUGAGGGCUAUCUAGAUUUACUUGACGUUUAGUGAUGUUGACAGGAAUGUAUCGUUCAAGCCCAUACGUGCACACGCUAGUGAUUUUCUAUCUAGUAGGCACUAUCGAUCAACGAUCCAACAACAGUAAACAGGAGCAGCAACCAACACAAGCAUGGUUUUUAAAAACUGGAUUUGAUUGGAUUGAUUGGUAUCUUUUGAAUUGUGGUCCCAUUUUCCCAUUUUUGAGCACCUUCGCCAUGCCAAUGCCGAGUAUGCCACACGCUUUGUAAAUAGAAUUAGAAAGAGCAAAGGCGCUUUGAAACAUUCGUUGUUGCGCGCGUUCGCUCCCUUUUUUUGGUCUCUUCCCCCAUUGGAAGCGCUCUAAUUAACCCAA